CUAAAACUCACAGCGUUGUAGGAGACUCUUGACUCAAUAAAUGUACAGCAACAGCAAUACCUUCUUCCACAUUUACACGUACAAGAGGACUGUUACUACUUCAGACUUAAUAAGAAACGUUUUGUUCCUUCGUUAAGAAUGUCAUCUGUAAACAUUUCAGAACUGGAGACCGAGAUGGACGAAUUACUUCAAGAGUUUCAUUUUGUAAUGGAUGAGCUCAGGGUACCGUCGUUGGGUACCCCCUGUCUUUACGAGGAGCACCUCAAACAGGCUAAAAGACGCAACGACAUGAACGAUGGAGUGAGCGACAGUGGGAUAGAAGAUUCGGACUACAGCAGGGACCAGUCAUUGGGUGGGAGCCUGAACACCAGUGAGGAGGACCUUGACUCUGCAGGCAUGACUGCCUCUCCUAAAGCCAAGCUGGGAGACACCGGAGACCUCCAGAGUUUUAUAGACAGCCUGGACAGAGAGCUUGCCGAGAUGUGAGCUGCCAGGACUCAGGUGAACGGGGGAACAGACAGGAGGCUACUGGGGCGGCAGCAGAUGGAGAGGAGUGUGCGAAAAAGGACCGGCUCCUCAACGCUGCCCUUGGGGAAGGAGCUUAACACCGAUCAAUUAAAGAAAUAAUCUUAUAGAUUCAGAUAUUAAGUCACCCGCUGCAUUUUAAAACCUCCAGACAUUUGUGCCUUGAGGAAAAUACUUGGCUAGCUGUGACAGUCUCCAAAGUUUCUAAAUCUUCCUCUAAUUACUUUGUGAAGGGCUCUGAAUUUAAGUAGCACUAUUUCGGCUGACAGACUUACUGCAAUAAAUGAAGGAAAUUGGACAUAAAUUUUAGGAAAAGGUUUUUCAUUUUUUGCCCUAAAUUAUGAUACACACUGUCAACUCCUUCCCAUCCCCAGAAUCCUUGAUUCAUCCAGCCAAGCAUGAAUAUAACCCUUGACCAACCCACUAAUCUCAAAUGAUAAUUCCUUUUUGUGAUCUGUGACAAAUAGAUUGGUCAUACCCUUUUCUGUAAACCCACUUUUAAUGGAUUUUGUUUCCAAUUUCUCAUUACAUUUCUCAGUGAAUGUGAGAUAUUAUUUUCCAUUAAAACUAAAUUCUUUCCGAUAUUUAACCCAAAUGUUAUUUCAUUGAUGUUUAAAUGUAUUUUCUACCAUGAACCUGAUGUACAGUAAUUGUAAAAUAUCAAAUACAUUAUAUGUGACUUAUUAUUGCCUGCAUUUUACGUAGCAGCUGUGUUUAUAUUGCCCGAGUUGCCAAUAUCUGACAAUGUUACUGAACUGAAGGAUGUAUAUAUUUUAUGUGAAAUUAAUAAAGUCUUCUAAUGUUUCAAAAACAUAAUGAAAUGAAAA